UAAUAUAAAAGGGUAUAAACUAGUUUAGCAUGAAAUCCUUGAAGUAACGUGUCGUGAAAAAAACUAGACGAAAUUGUUUUUUAAAAAUUUCUAAAUUUUCAGAAACAAAUUGUUAAAAACAAUUUUGUAUUUUAUUAACAGAGCUUCGAAAUGAGUGACUCUUUCAAUCCACCAUGUCUGAACACCUGCGAGAUGUAUCCACGUCGGAGGAACACGGAAUUUUAUAGAUCUCCGGAGCCACGAGCCUCGUGCCAAAGUCACCGGGCGGAGCACCCACGAGAUGUGCUGAAUAUAACCCCAGCCCAGAAUCGGGAGCUCGCCCGUCGAUUGCCACGAAUACAGCCCCCAAAUAACUCUGACAGUAACAUGCUCCGCAAUGGAUAUUUUUCCUAAGUUCAUCAAGAGUUUCAGGAUCAAAAGGCUCUUAAUACAAUUUUGUUAAUAAGAAUACUUAUGUAUUUGCAUGGAAAACAAAAAUCAAAAGAAAUGUAAUAAAAUUAAGGAAUAAGGAAUAAAAAACCUAAGGGGAGCAACCUU